AUGAAUGGCGGUAGCAGGUCGGUUGUGACCCUAAGUCCAUCAGAUAUGAUGUCUGGGUCGUAUGCCUCCAAUUCUAACACUGUUACCGAUUCUGGAGCCGUUUCGUACGACCUGGGGCAGUUAAAGUACAGCUCUGGUGCAAUGGCUACCUUUGCCAUUGAUAGUGAUGCGUAUGAUAUGUCAUUUGAUAUUAGUAAUAUGUUUGGAUCACCAUCAAUCGUUUCAUCCGAUGCCAUAUCUGAUUGGAUAACAAAUGGACUUUCUUCGGGCGGUGAAUGGAAGUCUGGAGACUCUAUGUUGUGGACCUCCCAAGAUACUGUUCUACACAGUCCCUCCUCUGUUGAAAAGUUAAGCGAGACUUCUGGGAUUGGCAGUCUACCCACCAUCGAAACACCAAUAUCUGCUAGAAAAGUGACAACAAUUAGUGUUACUAUCGUGACUAGUGCCAUCCCGUCCGCGAAUUAUGAUAGUUCUACAACUCACGAUCUACCCAGCCUAUCCUUAGUAACAAUUAGUUACAGCGAUGUAUAUUCCUCUAUGAAUCGUGGAGGAAGUUCUGAGAUGACUAAAUCAAAUAAGACCGCGUUACAAUCAAACACGUAUAAUGAACCAGUUAUAAUUGAGAGCUCAAAAGGUGACCAAAUUGCAAGUAGUAACCAUUUAGUAUAUACAUCCUCGACUAGUGGUUUUAAUCUGACUUCACUUGGAGACGUGUCGCGCUAUCAUGUAAGUGAUGGUUCAUCUAAUACAAUGUCUCCUUACAAACAGACCAUCUAUUAUAGCAACAGUAGUUUAGCUACGGUUUCAACAUUUUCCUCGCCAUAUGUUUCUCUAUCUACAAGCCUCGCUAAUUCCGAAGCAAGUUCAUCAUUCAUAGCAUCUACAAUCAUCAAUUAUGUUAGUUCCAUGACUUCGACGCCUGUCUUAUCAACUACGUCGAUUAAGGAAUACACACCAUCUAGCAUUGUGAAAAGUAAAAAAUCUUCCACCUCAGGUCCUAUUCAAAAAACGUCAUUAUCAGAUAUAACUAACAAAUCUCUGCCAUUAAAUAGGGUUCAAGACAGUCCUCAUUCUACUGACCAAAUUUCAACCUUAUUUACGGUCUCAGAAUUCGAACCCAUCACAUUCUCAAAAAAAACCGCAUCAAGUGUUGUUACUAUAUCCUCGACAGAAGAAUUCAUGAUGACGUCUCUGGUCUCACAAGAAAUUGCUAUAUCAAGUAAUGUAAUAUUGCUCCGUUCAUCAGAUGCUAUGUCAGGUGAUGAAUAUAUUUUAAAAUCCACUCCAAUUUUACCGGGAUCGAUUCUAACCACCAAAUCUGAGCAAUCCACAUUAUUAUUGCCAAGCACAGUUAGUAAACAAUUCACAACUUCAAUGAUAAUUUCAGGAAAUACUAGAUUAUCUACUAUGCAUCAUAUUACAUUGUCCAGGACUAGGAACCCGAGUGAAAGUUCUGAAUCGAAUACCGCACAUUGCAGCAGUUCUCGUACUGAAUUAAAACCAGCCCAGAAUGACGGAAAGCAUUCCUAUGAUGAUAUAUCUAGGAAUGCAUCUACAAUUUCGUCGUUAAUGCCAUCAGAUAUUUAUCCUAGUGAACGUAAUGAUCUAACUAGUUCAUUAUCACUUGAUAUUUCUACAAGUGACAAGAAAGGUACGAUCAGUGUCCCAACCAAUUCUAUCAAGGGAAGCUCACCUAUUAUUACAAAGUCGGAAAGAGCCUCCACUACUCCAACAAUUUUGAGUUCUGAGACAAAUUCAAGAACAAUAUUACAUGGUAGUAGUUACUCGCAAAGUACUUCAGAAGAAAAUUCAACCUUGUCUACAUACCAUGGGAGUGGUUCGACAUUCAACAUUAAUUACACUUUUACAACCUUUUUAUUAUUACUAAACUUUAUGAUUUAG